AUGUCGUUUCAUCAACGUGACGAAAUCCGAUGGAAUAAAAAAGGUUACUUUGAAAGAUUCGAUGGAAAAAAAUAUUGGCGAAAAUUAUGCGUUAUUGAAGGAUGUAUGAAAAGAGCAAAAGUACUCAAUUGGUGUAAACGACACUAUACAGAACAUAAACAAAAGUCUUCAAUAACAACAACUUCUACACAAGUUCCACAACAAUCAUUAGUAUCAUCAAUACCUAGUUCACUGACUACAUCUACUCAUUCAAAUAGUAUGUUGUCAUCAAAUAUUCUAUUUCAUCAACCACAUUAUCAUAAUUUACAAGCAGUUUCACAAAUUCCAAUGCCGCCUCCUGCAUAUCUUUAUACAUCUGUAUCAUCAUUAGCUGAUCAAUCGCAAUCAAUAUUCCAUACUCGAAAUGAAAUUCGUUUAAACAAACGUGGUUUUCGUGAACAAUAUGAUGGUAUUGGCCAUUGGCGUCCAUUAUGUAUACAUGAACAAUGUACAAAACGAGCAAAAAAAUUAUCUUAUUGUAAACGACAUUAUACAGAACAUGUCAAUCAAAAUCAAUCGAUUGCAACUAGUAUUAAAGCUGAAACAGAUAAUAAUGAUUAA